AAUGCGUCAUAAUUCGUGGCUUGGAGGUGCUGGAGCAGUAUAUUUCACUUGAUGCAUUCUGCUAAUUCUCGGAUAUAAAAAUAGAAAUUUGAUCUGAAUUAUUAAUAGCAGAAUGUUUGAAAACAGAAGUCAUGUUACUUAUUGUGGAUGUUUUAUCAUUAGUUGAUUACAUGAGGUUAUUUACUGGAGACUUAAAUUAUGUGGAAAUAUGGUUGAAAUUUGUGAAAAUACGUACAGCCUGGAAUAUCAUAUUGCGGAUGUAAGGCUUAGAAAUUAAUUUACAACUGAGUGGAAUAGCAUAAAUGUGAAUGGUAAAAUAAUAAUAUGAAUGUAAGGGAUGAUAAAUAUUUUGUGAUAUUAAAUUACAUUUAAUUGUGGUACUAUUAAAAUUUUAUUUUAGUGGAAUACAUUAUAUUAUGCAUAUGGGAAAUAUGUGUAAUAAAAAAAAAAGAGAUUGAAAUUUUAGACAAAAAAAUGUAUGCAUUUCGAUGGUAGAACCAAAUGUGGAUUUACUGAACUUUGUGAAUAAGACUGGUGGAUGACUUAUAUGAAAUUAUGAAUAGUUUUAGAUUAAAAAAAAAAUUCUGUGUCUGCAUUAAUUUUUUGUUAGCGAAAAAAAAAGCAGUUGACCUUACGAUAUAUAAUAAAGACCGAAGAAGGAAACAUUAUGGCAUUUUACGGGAGACAUAGAUUUACAUAUUUCCAUGAAAGAGACGUCUGUAUUGUCUAUUGAUACUGCCGUAACGUGAUAUAAGUCAACAAUGCGUUAUUCAGAAUUAUCGAAUAUGGAAAUUUGAAUGCUUUUGUGGAAUAAAUGUUCAGCUAUUGUUUAACUUUCUGCUAUGGUGUUUCAUAAAGUCAUUGUAUCAGUGCCGCCAGAAGCGGUUGCAUUCCUCGGUGCUGUUGCGGUAUUUCUCGUUCUCCUGAUCAUCUUCUUCCUGUAUCUGAACAAAGUGCUUUGCUUCUCUUCUUGCGGAGGAUUUCCGUGUCUUGACAAUAAGCCAAAGAAGAAGGAAUCCAGGUCAAAAGGGUUGGGAGCAGCGUAUGCUUAUGAAGAUGAGACGUCAAGUGACAGUGAUGAUGAAGUGCUCAAACGGUUCAAAUCGUCAAUGGAAGCCUCCUCCGCCAUCAAAAGGUCCGGUAGUCGAUACAGCCAAAAAGCCUCCGGAAGUCCAACCGCAUUGCCAAAAUCAAGGAGUAGGACCCCUGUUUCUACACCCAGCUCUGUUGAUAAAUCACAUGUGAUACAAUCAAGUGUGGAACGGGUAACCAUAGACAAUGAGACUGCUAAAAGAACAAGUCCGGAAAAAACACCCACACCCACCGGCCCUAGGGUUGGUAAGCUCAUUGACAUGGAUUCGCCCGUACAUCAAUCAUCUUCGCCCUCUAAAAGCUCCCCGGGGACAGAACCCCGCCCUUCAUCUAGGGAAUCAAUCAAAGAGGCCAGUGGGGCAAGCAGGGAGGGGAGUGCACCUCCAAGUCAGCCACGUAGUCCACCUCCUAGUGAACACGAAGGUGCAGAAUUACAAACGUCACUCACUGGCUCCUUAACAACUGGCUCUGCACACACACUAGAAGGAACACAAACUUUUAAUAACCAGGCCUAUGAUGGCGUUUCAGUAUCAGAGAGUGAACGUGUUACUGAUGAGCACAUGUUUGAUGUCAGUGACCUUCAGAAUGACGUUCCGUUAAUUUCAAAAUGUGGUAAUCUUGAAGUGACAUUUAAUUACAUUCCGUAUAAAUCACGAAUGGAAGUUACGAUUCAUCAAGCCCAAGAUAUACCUGCCAAAGAGCGGGGCGGUGCAAAUAAUACUCAAGUCAGGUUGUUGUUGUUGCCGACAAAGAAACAGCGGCAUAAAACAAAAGUGAAACAGGGAGAUAAUCCAGCAUUUGAGGAAACCUUUGUGUUCAAUAAAGUCUCCGAAGAGGAGGUCACAGGGUAUGGUAUUCGGUUUCGACUGUAUGGUGUUGAGCGUAUGCGUCGAGAACGAAUGAUUGGCGAAAGUAUUAUUGGGUUUGCAUCACUCACCCUCGAUGCCCCUUCAACACACUGGGUCAUAUUAGAGCCCAGAAGCAAUCUAAGUCAAGGUGAUUCCAAUGCGGAUGUUGCCAGUUUGUCUCGCAGCGACAGUGCUUCAUCUACGCAGUCAUUACAACAUGGCGGGAUGCCAGAACUUUUGUUGGGGCUCGCGUACAAUGGUACAACUGGUCGACUGUCAGUUGAAGUGAUCAAGGGAAGUAACUUCAGGAAUAUGGCUAUGAAUCGAGCUCCAGAUACGUAUGUAAAACUAACAUUGAUUGCUCCUAAUGGAAAAGAAGUAGCUCACAGCAAGACAUCCGUAAGACGUGGCCAACCAAACCCGCUAUUCAAAGAGACUUUCAUGUUCCAGGUGGCGCUGUUUCAGUUAGCAGACGUCACAUUAAUGGUGUCUGUAUACAACAAAAAGUCAAUGAAGAAGAAGGAAAUGAUAGGAUGGUUUGCUCUGGGAUUAAACAGUUCAGGGGAGGAAGAGAACUCUCAUUGGACAGACAUGCGAGAGAGCAAGGGAGAUAAUAUAUGCAGAUGGCAUGUGUUGCUUGAAUCCUAGUAGCCUCCCCUGGUUGUGCACAAGACGGUAGAAGGUGGAUUUCAGCUGUGAAUAGUGUGAAAUAAUCUAUAUGUAGCUAAGGAUGAAUUCGCUCUGAAAAAAUAAAUCAUUCCGUAGAAGCAUUUAGAUUGGGAUGGAUUUUUAUGUACAUUGUUAUUUAUAGCAUCCACCAUAGUGCAAGAAUUGAAACUUUGUUGUUUCAGAUCAUGUGCAUAUAAGAACGCUUAAAAAGGCCAUUUUAGACUAGUCAGAUAGAUAGCAUAGAUACGGAUGACUUGAAAUGUGAUAUGAUUCUGUUCUAUUUACAAACAACUAUUAGAAAAUUAUAGUCUGAUUCAAAAAGAUCAAUCCGGAGGAUUUAUCCAUAGAUAAUGUUGUUAUGUUAAAAGUGUUAAGAGGUUAUUAAACAACAAUUCAAUGUUCUGACAUCACAAUUAUUACGUCAUGGCGUCGAACGGCAUAGCGGCGUGCUGAAAAAGAAACCGAUUGAAAACGGGCAAAUAUUUAAUAAAUGCCAUCAAAGAUGUACUUUAAAGUCCUUGGUAACAUGUUAAAAUCAAAAUAAUAUAUAUCAUUUAGUGAUUUGCUCUUGAAUAAAAUCAUUGUUUGUCGUUCAGAUGCGUAUUAUUAUAUCACUCGGGCUAUGCCCUUGUGAUAUAAUUCCUUCGCAUCUGAACUCCAAAGUCCAAACAAUGAUUUAUUCAGUGACAAAUCACUAAAUGAGAUAUAUUAUUUCUUAAAUAGCCACUAUAAAUAGCCGUUAAUCUGACUUUCAGUAUAUUCAGUUGUUUAUAAUUAACUCUUAAAAAAAAUGGGACACCAAAAAGGUCAUU